AUGGACAAUAUUGACAACAAUAACCGUGGGGCAGAACAACAGAUACUAACAGCAACAACAGAAGAACAGGAGUUAUAUCCUAUUGCAGUCUUAGUGGAUGAAUUAAAAAAUGAGGAUGUUCAAUUACGUUUAAAUGCAAUUCGAAACUUGAGUACCAUUGCCCUGGCGUUAGGACCGCAAAAAACGCGAGACGAACUGAUACCGUUUCUCAGUGAAACCAUCGACGAUGAAGACGAGGUUCUGUUAGCCGUAGCAGAGGAAUUAGCCAAUUUUGCAGAAUACGUGGGCGGAUCUGAGUAUGCACAUUAUCUUUUAGGCCCACUAGAAAACUUGGCAACUGUAGAGGAAGUACUUGUGCGAGACAAGUCAGUUAGCUCUCUAAACACUAUUGUUGAAUUGCUCAACGCAACACAGAUAACGAAUUACUAUCUGCCUUUGUUGAAACGUCUCACAAAUGCUGACUGGUUCACAGGGCGAAUUUCUGCUUGUGGAUUAUACACGCAUGCUUAUUCAAAAUGUACACCAGAGCAGCAAGAAGAAUUAAGAACAGCAUUUGCUCAGCUUAUUCAAGACGAUACACCUAUGGUGAAACGAGCAGCAGCAAAAGCUUUAGCUGGUUUUUCGAAAGAGCUUUCACAAGAACAGCUUAUCAAGAAUAUCUUGCCAUUGUUUCUCAGAUUAACCAGUGAUGAUCAAGAUACAGUUCGGUUAUUGACAGUAGAGGACUUAGUGCAAAUAGCAAAAAUAUUUACCCCCGACGAAAGUAGACAAUAUUUAUUACCGAUACUGAAGAAUUUGGCGCAAGAUAAAUCCUGGAGAGUGAGAUACAUGGUCGCGACUCAUUUCAAUGAGCUAUGUGAAGCUUUAGGAGAGUCAGUCAGCCGUGAAGAUAUGGUAGCAAUGUUUGUCAACUUGAUUAAAGAUACAGAAGGUGAAGUUAAGAUCAUAGCUAUUGGUCAAGGGCCUGCAUUUGCAAAGACUUUGGACAGAACAAUUGUGCUCGAGAAAAUAACGCCUUGCAUCAAGGAACUUGUGGUUGAUACAAACCAACAUGUUCGUGCUGCAGUUGCUACAAAUAUAAGCGGAUUUACGCCUAUCUUAGGCAAUGAUAUGACGAUUGAAUAUCUAUUGCCCUUAUUCCUUCAAUUACUAAAGGAUGACUUUCCUGAUGUAAGACUCAAUAUAAUCUCCAAUUUAGAAAAUGUCAAUCAAGUGAUCGGCGUCGAACGUUUGGCGCAAUCGCUUCUACCUGCUAUUGUUGAGUUGGCGGAAGACAAACAAUGGAGAGUGAGAUUGGCCAUUAUAGAAUAUAUACCUCUGUUAGCUUCUCAACUAGGCGUUGCAUUUUUUGACGAAAAGCUCCUAGGCCUAUGCUUAUCAUGGCUUGGCGAUCCCGUUUUCUCUAUUCGUAAUGCUGCCACGACAAACUUCAAGAAAUUAGUCGAGAUUUUUGGUCAUGAUUGGGCCAAAGAUACGGUUUUACCUCAAGUGAUGAAGAUGGCACAGAAUGAGAACUAUUUAUACAGAAUGACAACUCUCUUCACAUUAUCAACAAUGUCUUCUUCAUUAACAGCUGACAUUAUCAAAGAUAAAGUUUUACCUACCAUUAUUGGAUUGGUUAAUGACCCCAUUCCCAACGUUCGUUUCAACGUAGCUAAAGCAUUAGAAGUACUUAUACCUAUUUUACAUCAAAACACUACAACAGCAGAGUUAGUCAAUACGCAAGUAAUGGACAUACUUAAAACUUUAAGUGAGGACAAGGAUGUUGAUGUACGAUUCUUCGCAGAGAAGGCUCUAGUGUCAGGUAUAGUAAUGGAAUGUUUUGCAUCUGUUUGUCCUGUUACUAACGGAACUCUCAUAUCCAAUAUUAUACUAGCACAAACAAUUCAAUAA